UUCGAGAGGGAGCCCCUGGGUAGUUUUUUAGGCUCAGGGGAGGAGCGGUGGGCGCCGACGGCAGCGGAGACCAUGUUCCGCCUUGAGGGUCUGGGGCCAAAGCUGGACCCGGAGGAGCUGAAGCGCAAAAUGCGCGAGGACGUUCUCUCUUCGAUCCGCAACUUCCUCAUCUACGUAGCCGUGCUGCGCAUCACUCCAUUUGUUUUAAAGAAGCUGGACAGCAUAUGAUAGUAAAAGCUUCAAGGAUUGCCUACAUGGAAGACCAAGCUGGACUGAAUGCUUUUCUAAGAACAGACUAUAGAUAAGUGACUCCAUAUCCUAAGAGAUGGAUCCUGAACAUUUCCAUAUGAAGAUUGUUGAACAGCUGAAAAAGUAAAAUAUUUUUUGUCACUCUUCUUCCCGUGUGCCAGACUUGUGUUCUUCUUGCCUUCAUGUGGUGCAAUCUUUUUCUUAUUCUGAGCUUAUAAUCAGGCCUGAUUUCAGAAAGCUACUAAAUAUGCAUUGGAAUAUAAUUAUAUCUGAAGUGUAAACAGUGAUAUUGUUGUCACUAUAAAGUCUCCAUGUAAAACCUUAUGGAUAUAUCCUGAAAGAUUAAAAUAAAUGGAGUAUAUAUAUUAA